AUGUUUGAAAAUUUAAAAUCACUGAAGUCAAAUUUAAAUCCAAAAAGUAUUAUGAUAGAUUAUGAAAGAGCAGCUUUAAAUGCAAUCGAAACGGAGUUUUGUGAUACCGAGGUAAAAGGUUGUUUCUUUCAUAUGUCACAAUGCAUUUGGCGUCAUGUCCAAGAAUUGGGCCAACAGACAACUUAUCGAAAUGAUCCGGAGUUUUCAUUACGAAUUCGAAUGCUACCAGCAUUAGCUUUUAUUCCAGAAGCAGAUGUAAUAAAAUGUUAUAAUGCAUGA